AUGACGGGACUUCUAAGUCCGCGGUUCGAGAAGUUCGGCUCUGACAAUGUUGCGAACUAUGUCAGCAGUCCUUCAAGAUGCCUCAAGCUUGUCAAAGGACUCGUAUUGACCGGAUGUGUUGUUUUCUGCGUUCUUCUAUACACAAGCGUCGCUACACAUUCAGACUGGAACUAUGUCACAUCGAGCGUCUCCAAUAACACGACAUCUACCACAAAGACGCCGGCGAUACCGACAAAGCCAACACAGCCUAAGGAAGGACUCACAGGAUCGUUAUGGGGCACAAAACAGCCGCAGUACUAUUCAAUCCACACUAACGAACCCUACGACAUCGAUGAAGCUCUACGCACAGUCUUGAGUCUGUGUCCAGACGAGGUCUACUACCAUGCAUUGACGCAACCCAUCAUGACCAGCGAUGAGGACAAGCUGCAUGAAACUGGCGUGCGUGUACGCAUGUUCAAAAAGUACUUCGACGCUUGGGAAUCAUUGCAUGUUGUGACAGACAGCAAAUCUGACACUGCCUUUGUGCGAGACGAUAUCUUGCGCCAUAUCAGAGAUUCCAAAGAUAUUUCUGCUUUCACCUCCGGAACACGCAUCGAAGCUGUGCGCCAGUAUGAGACCUACCGCACCUUCUUGUCAAACAUGUCAGCAACUCUGUUCCCUUGGACCAGCCCUUACUUCUCCGACCACAUGACUCUGCACGGACAUAUGUACAAUGCUGGACGAGGCAUUGCAAUCUCUGGCAGCAAUGCGCAAGCUUCCUAUAUCAAGACUGCGAUAUCCUCUUUCCGUGCCAUGGGCUGCACUUUGCCCGUAGAAAUUAUGUAUCUCGGCGAGGAAGACAUGAGUGAGGACACUCGCGCCGACCUUGAAACUAUCCCAGAUGUCAUCACUCGCGAUCUCAAGAAGAUGGUUGACGACCACGGCUGGGAGAUCAAGGGUUGGGCUGGCAAGGCUCACGCUGCUUUCAUGAGUUCUUUCCGUGAAGUCAUUCUGCUCGACGCCGACGUCCUGUUCUUCGACAACCCUGAACUUUUGUUCAACGACCCUGGCUAUGUUGACACUGGUGCUCUUUUCUUCUCCGACCGUACAAUCUUCCCACAAGACAAAAGAACAUUCCUCCGCAAAAUCCUUCCCAAGCCUGUCUCUAGCAAGGUCAAGGAAAACAGAUGGUGGAAAGGCGAGACUUGUGAAGGUCAAGAAGCUGGAGUAGUUGUGGUUGACAAGUGGAGACACUUCUUGAGUGUCUUCUUGACUACGAGAUUGAACGGUCCUGAUCGCGACGACACCGACACCUCAAAGGGAACCUACAGUUACUGGUGGGGUGACAAGGAGACUUGGUGGAUUAGUUUCGAGCUUGCUGGUGACACGGACUAUCAUUUCCACCAAGGUGGUACUGGCAACAUGGGCACAGUGAGCAACACCGAGCCUAUUGAGAAAAAGGAAGAAAAGAAGGAGGCAGAAAAUACUGAAGACAAGAAGGAUGAUGAGAAGGCCUCGACCACCGAGGGUCUGCAAACAGAAGACAACAUACAGAAGACGGAUGCUCAAGAUUUCAGCGACAAUUUGAGAGACUUGCAAGCAUUGCAGGCUACCAAGGCCGCGGAGCCACCAACAGAACAACCAGUCAGAAUUAUUCUCUGCGCGCCUCAGCUCUUGCAUCUAUCUACAGAGGGUCGACCUUUGUGGUUCAAUGGCUGGAUUCAGGACAACAAGCACCAAGCCAGCUCUGAUGUAUCAGUAAUGGAGUUUUUCAUGACUGAGAAGCGCAAGGACGGAGAGUGGGCUGAAUGGGCUAUCGGUUCAGACAACAUGUGCUGUUUGAAGGGCGAUGACCUGCACGCGUUCAAUGACAAGGAGUUGGCUGCUUUCAAACUGAUUGUGGAUAUUGCCAAGGAGAACGGCUCGCUCAAUGAAGUUUUGGAGAAGGAAAGGAAAGCAAACAAGGAUAAUGAGGAUUGA